AAUUGAAUCAAAAGCUUCAACUAUAAUAAAACCCUAACCCUAUAACGCACAUUUUUAGAGUUUUGGGACUACGCCGAAUUAAUCUUCUGCUUCUGAGGCUACUGCGAAGAUGGUGAAGGGACGCCAAGGAGAACGUGUCAGACUCUAUGUGAGGGGUACCGUCCUUGGAUACAAAAGAUCCAAAUCAAACCAGUACCCAAACACAUCUUUGGUCCAAAUCGAAGGUGUGAACACCAAAGAAGAGGUAGCUUGGUAUGCUGGCAAGCGAUUGGCAUACAUCUACAAGGCCAAAGUGAAGAAGAAUGGAACCCAUUACCGCUGCCUAUGGGGCAAGGUUACAAGGCCUCACGGUAACAGUGGUAUUGUUCGUGCAAAAUUUAAGUCAAAUCUUCCUCCUAAAUCAAUGGGAGCUCGGGUAAGAGUGUUUAUGUAUCCAAGUAACAUAUGAGAUUCGGUUGAUAUGGUCAGUAGAGUUGGAAGAUUUUUAGCUUCAAGGAUUUUUGUUUCAUUUCAACUAUUGAGAAAUUGUUUUUCUUUUUAGACUGUUAUAUUAUGGAAUGGUGUAUUCUGCAGUAUUGGCUAUUGUCCAUGAAAUAUUAUACAGCACUCUUUGUGUGGACUUCUUUAUCUCAUGAUUACAAUGUUUGUUUCUUAUUACAUUUA